AUGGCCAGGGGAAAACAAAAGGAACAAGCUAGAGAAAAGGCUCAAAAACAAGCCGAAAAUAAACCUGGAGGUAAAUCUCAAUUAGGUGCUCGUGCUGCAGGUUUGCAAUUAAAAUGUCCCGUUUGUAAGGCAAAACAUCCUAAAGAAACCAUACCUCCCGAAUCAGAUUUUCAAUGA